CGAGCAGCCAACAUGGCAAAGUGGCUGCUAAACUCGUGUGUCCUGCUGCUCUUGGCAGUGGGUAGCCUGCAGGCGCGCCUGAUCCUGCCACAGUCCCAGGAUAUUGACGGUGUCCAGCUGGAGACCAAGGGAACGGAAGCUAUCUCAUAUGCCCAGGCCAGUCCCCGUGUGGAUGACAAUAGCGAGGGAAACUACCGACUGCCGAACACUACGGCCCCAGAGGCCUACGACGUGGAGCUCUGGACUAAUGUGCACAGUGGAAUCAGGGAGUUUAAUGGAACCGUCAAGAUAGAUCUUCAGGUGCUGGAGGCAACCAAGGAGAUCAGGCUGCACUAUCGUCAGACCUGGAACUUUUCGGCCGAGAUCAUUAGUCGCGAUCUGGCUCAGGCUGUGGCGAUUCCACUCACUUUUACAAACGAGUCCACUCGUGAGUUUCUCACCUUUUCGCCGGUGGACACCACAGUGACCUUUGCCCAAAACACCAACUGGACUCUGAGCAUCAAUUAUACCGGCUUUCUGCGCUCCGACAUGGGCGGCUUCUAUAUCUCGAGCUAUACGGAUGACGAUGGCACAGUGCACUACUUGGCCACCACACAGUUCGAGAGCACCAAUGCCAGGCAUGCCUUCCCCUGCUAUGAUGAGCCUGCCAGGAGAGCCACCUUUAACAUUACCAUCCAUCACGAUUCCAGCUACAAGGCUGUCAGCAAUAUGCCCGUGAAUGAGGCUGCCACUAGCACUGGUGUCACCGCCUUCCAGACCACUCCCAAAAUGUCCACCUACCUAAUAGCCAUCAUUGUAUCCGAUUUCGAGUCCACAACUGGUGAGCUUAAUGGCCUGCGGCAACGCGUCUUCUCCCGUAAGGGUAAGCAGGAUCAGCAGGAAUGGGCCCUUUGGUCCGGCCUGGUAGUGGAAUCCAGUCUUGCCGGCUAUUUUGGAGUGCCCUUUGCCCUGCCCAAGCUGGACCAGGCUGGCAUUCCCGACUUCUCUGCCGGAGCCAUGGAGAACUGGGGUCUGGCCACCUAUCGCGAGCAGUACAUGUGGUGGAACGAGCAGAACUCGACGAUUAACCUAAAGACGAGCAUCUCCAACAUCAUUGGACACGAGUACGCGCACAUGUGGUUCGGUGAUCUGGUGUCCGUGAAAUGGUGGACCUAUUUGUGGCUCAAGGAGGGCUUCGCCACGCUCUUCUCCUACGAGUCGAAUGACAUUGCCUUCCAGUGGGACACCUACCAGAUCUACCAUGUGCAGGACUACAACAGUGCCCUGCUCAAUGACGCCCUGACGAGCGCUGUGCCCAUGACACACUAUGUGCAAACACCCACCGAAAUCUCCAAUAGGUACAACACCUUCUCCUACGCCAAGCCCGCCAGUGUUCUGUACAUGUUUAAGAACGCCUGGUCGGACAAGGUUUUCCGCUCUGGACUGAACAAGUACCUGACCAAGAACCAAUACACUUCCUGCGAUGAAUGGGAUCUAUUUGCCUCCUUCCAAGAGGCGGCUAAUGAGAACAACCUGGUGCUGCCCAGCUCCGUGGACAACAUCUUUAGCAGCUGGUCCCAUCAGGCGGGUUAUCCACUGGUGACGGUGACCCGUAACUACGAUACGGGUGCCAUUACCUUAAAGCAGGAGCGGUACUUGGCUGACAAGGAUAGCGGCAAUACAGCCACCUGGUAUACGCCCAUCAACUUCGCCACGGCCUCCAAUCCCGACUACCGAAACACAAGCGCCUCUCAUUAUCUGCUGAAUGUGACAGAAACCACGAUCACGGAUGUCCAGGCGUCCAGCGAUGGGUGGCUGCUGAUCAAUAAGCAACAAGCCUAUUACAUUCGCACCCUGUACGACGAGCAGAACUAUCUGCUCCUGACCAACGUCCUUAACACCGAGCCCUGGCUGAUCCAUCAUAGGAAUCGCGCCCAGCUGCUCUACGAUGCGUACAUUUUUGUGACCACGGGUCGUCUGAGCCAUAGGAUCCUGUUCAGCCUGCUCACCUAUCUGAAGAACGAGGAUGCGUACGCACCUUGGUCGAAUGCCAACAGCAUCCUGACCGUCUUCGAUCGUUAUUUGCGUGGCGAUGAUUCGUACUAUAACUUCCGGAGCUUCGUGCAGCGUCAGAUUGAGCCCAUCUUUGACAAGCUCGGAGUGAAUGCAAUUCCUGGCGAGCAUUAUCUCAACAAUUACUUGCGCAUCAUCACGGUUAGCCUGAGUUGCCAGGUUGGCUAUGUGGAUUGCUACACUCGAUCCGAGAAGAAGCUCUCCGAGUUCCUCUUUAACGGAACUGCCAUCGAGCCAACUUUGAGGACUCAGGCCUACUGUGCCGGUCUGCGAUCCCCCUCGGCUGAGCUCUACAGCCGAGUCAAGUCUGAUCUGCUCUCCUCCACGGACGCAACCGAUCGUAGCCUAUUCAUCUCGUCCCUGGGCUGCUCUGAAAGGGAAAACCAGCUAGCUGAAUUCCUGAAUCUGUCCUUGGACACGGCCAACGGUUUGAGCUACUCGGAGCGUACCUCUGUGCUGAACUCAGCCUACUCAAGGAGCGAGGACGGUUUGACCGCCAGUCUGGUGUUCCUUGAGAGCAAUUGGGAGGCAUAUGCCAAACUAUCGGAGACUAGCAAGCCACUUGAUUUGGCUCUGAGAGGUAUUGCCACAUAUGUGGUCAGCGAGAAGCAGAAGAUAAGGCUUAAUGCCCUGGUCGAUGAGGUCAAGUCAAAGGAACCUAGCUAUCUGAAUGAUGAUCUAAACACCGUCAUUGACUCUCGCAUCCAGGCCAACUUCGACUGGCUGGACGUGCAUCGCGAUGCUACAUUCACUUGGAUUGCGGACCAUUUGUCGGAGAAUGGCAGUGGAGCCUUAACAGUGCCCCUCGUAACGAUCCUGAUCAGUACGAUGGCCCUGCUUCUGUCACGACUAUUUUAGACUAAUUGGUCAAGUAUUAUAUAUAUUUUAGAUCCCAUAAAUAAAGAUUAACAUGAGUCAUAAUUGAUUGCCA